AUGUCUCCUGCAACGCCCCCUCGCCGUCUGCACGCAAACACAAUCAGCGAGCGACCCACCACUGUGCCCCAGUCGCCGGGAAGAAUGCUUGUCUCUUCGCCGCCCCACUCUCCCCGCCACAUACAGAACCAUCUCUACCAGAUGUUUCUCGAGGGCCAGACAGCAGACGUUGCUGUUGUUGUCCGCGGCAGCUGGCAGGCCCUCUAUAACCUCCACCGCGUCAUCCUAAUCCAGUCUGACUACUUCAGAACACUCUUUACCAUGGGAUACCGCGAGUCAGCUCCCAAGUCCCGCUUGGCGCCCGGCCCAACGUCAAUCGACGUCAUAGACCUUCAUUUCGACGACCCAAACAUUACCCGGGCAGCAUUCGAGAUAUGCAUCGCAAGGCUUUAUGGCGGCGGUCCUGAUCUUUUCGUGGACCAGGCACUGCUUCCUUCUACGAAGAACCCAUUUCCUAUCUCCUCGCCGCCGGCUUUGGCUUCCGCCCCUCCUGGUUCUCACCCCGCGACCCCUAGAUUUUUGUUAUCGUUGCUCGCAACCGCCAACUAUCUCAAUAUCCCAUCAGUCUCCAACCAAGCUUUGAACCUUGUGCUUUCUACCAUCAGUCCAUGGACCAUCACGCGAUAUUUCGGCUUUGCUAUCGGUCAUGGGAUCGGCCAACCUGAGGGAAAUGAGCCGGAAGCCGCUGUAGGUCUCGAUACUAUUGGCCAGCCAGCCCCCGCAGAGACCAAACCACCACUUAAUGAAACUACCAAAAUCGAUGAGGCUUCCCCCCAGGAGGAAGAAGACGAUGAUGAUCUGGUCAAGGUCGGCUCUCUUGGGAAUAGCUCGCCGAACUCGCUCAAGGACCGUGCUGCAUCAGGUGCUUCCAAACUAGCUUACGACACCCAAUCCAUCUACACUUACACGGAGCAUGAAGAUGAUAUCGAGCAGACGUUCUUUUAUGGUGUUGUCAGCGACAAGGUCGGUGAGGCAUGUGCCUGCUGGCUGACUCGGUGGGGUGCCGACAUUUUGACGCUGGAAGAGACCGUCGAGGCGCGUAUCCACCCUCCGGCGAACAGUACUCCCAAGUUUGCCUCGCCUUUCCCUAAAUUAGCUUCCAGUCGUGGAUCAUCCCAUUCAUCCCACAAUCCCAUUCCUGCAACCUUUUCUUCGUUCUACGCCAAUACGUACCUUCAGGCCGCCUCGAACUCGAGUUCCUCGCUCUCAUCUCCUAGCCGACGCCCAUCAACUCCUCAGCUGCAUCCGCACUUGAUGUCUCCCGUACUCUCGGGUAGGCAAAGAGCUGGUAGCACAAGCACACCAACCAAAGCCCCAACGGUCUGGUCACAUGGUGGGCUACCAGCACGUUGGGCACGGGCUGUCAUGAGUUCCGAUAAUCUUUUCGUCAGAGGCGAAUGGGAGCGCUUCGUUUAUAUGACUCGUGUUGUGGAGCUUAGGAGGAGGCAGCUGGCAAGAGAAGCGGAGGCCGUCAAGCAAGACCCAGUCGCCUUGAAGAAGAUUGAACGCCUAAAGCAGUCGGAAGAAACGGAGUGGGAUGAAAUGUUCAAGACGGGUGUUUAUUAUUCACACAUUUCUCUUGAUGAUUUGCACAAAAUCUCACAAGAGCCAUCUUCCAACGGAAAGCCAUUUGUUGAGCUCUCGGCUCUACAAUCUGCACACUGGCGUCAAUCCAUCAUGCGUUCACUCAUUACUUCCCGUUCCACCGUUCCCACCUCUCGUUCCAGCUCCCCUACCACUGAUCGUUACUACCCGAUUCCAUCCGACGCGUCGAUCCGGGUUGGUCAUGACCGAUCAGCAAGCACCAAUGACCUGGACAUCGACUUUGACAUCUUGUCAUCUCCUCCACCUCCCAAGAUCCGUCGACCUGCUUCCGAGGCAGAGCUAUUUGGGCUACGCCCCUCGCGUCGGACUGCCCGUGAAAUUAUCCAAGAGGGUACGGCUGAGACUACCAAGUGGUCAACCAACGAGCCGUUCAGGUUCUCAGUCGAGUUCUGGGGCCUGGAUACCCUCAAAGAGAAGAAUCGGCUGCAUAGUCAUACCGUGUGGUAUGCCGGCAGUUUGUACAAUGUUUACGUUCAGGUGAUCAAGAAGAAGGGCAUGCAGCUUGGAGUAUAUCUUCAUAGACAAUCGGCUGUGGAUCCCAUUCCACCUGCCUCGGCACCGGCAAGCUUCGCUUUGCUGAACCCCCCGACUCCGACUGGCAACGAUGCCGUCCUUGUUUCCCCCUCCCCGUCAUCAAUUCCCCUCCGAAGCUCACUCUUGAUGGGCUCCGUAGCCGUGGGAUCUCCCCCUACGCCUACACUCAGGUCUGGAACCACCCCACCUGACCGUGACGCACCCGUCACAUCCCCACCAAGUGCACCUCCUGCGCCCUGGCGCGACCCGCGCCGAAUCAUCCGCUCUUAUUUUAUCUUGUCUUGUCCCUCGCUCAUUGGGAGCAGCCUUACCCGCUUCCAAUCUGGUCCCGACGAUUUCAAGAUUAGCCAGAGCUGGGGCUGGAAGAGCAGCUGCCUGUGGGCCGAACCCGAGAAUAAUGAUCCAUCCACCGCUGAAGAUAAUUGGAAUAGCUUGAGAGCAACAGUCACACUUGGUGUGGUUUAA